CAACGGUCUUGGAGAACUGAUUCAAUUAAUACUUUAUAAUAGAUUUUGUAAUCCUAAUAUACGCAAGAUCAGUCACUGACUUAACCCAUUACUACCGGGACUGAGCCCAUGCUCUGAACAACAAAAAUGAUGAAUAAUUCUUCAAGGACAUCUAUUCCAUGUACCUCUGAAAAACUUAUAAAACUGAGUAAACUCAUAUAUUUCAUAAUAGAUUUCGAUGACCUGCAUAAAAUCGACCGCUGAUUUCAACCCAUUACUGCCGGGACAGAACUCGUGCUCUAAGUGAAGAGAAUGUUGCAUAGUUCUUGAAGUGGAUGACCGAACCUGUGUUCAACGCAUUUAAUCGUUUUUAAACAUCACUAUUGGUCUUAUGGAACUGGAUUUUGAAACCCUAUACAAGAUUAAUCACUGCAACAGCAUUUGAGGAAAAUACUUAUUUUUUGUUAUUUAAAACUGUUUUAUGGGCAAAUCAAGCAAGUAAAUAAAGAUGAAACAAAUUAGUGAUGAAGGGAUAAAUAGGGGCUUCCAGUCCCAUCUCAUAAGAGAUGAUUCUUAGAAGAAAGUGGGUAUGACGGGCCGAACUAAUGCAGUGGCGAAAACACGUGCGCAUCAAGUACGGUGGUCGAGUUGGUGUUGGUCAAGGACAACGAGAGGAAGACCAGCUGCAGGUGCGCGUCGUGCAGUUGCAGGGGGAAAAGGGUGCUCGACUCAGUUACGUUUGUCAUCAGCCUCAACGUUGCAAUACCAGUCCGACAAUAAUGCUUUGUUGUGGACGGAGAAAAGAAGGAAGAGGAGAAGUAACUGAUAUAAGUGCUAGCCCGGGUCGACUGGCACCUACAAAUCAGUUGCGUCCCAAAGAUCCCCCUCCUAUGGUCAUACAAGGAGAUUUUCGAAAGGUGAGUGGAAUCAGCACGGAGAUAUUCAAGCAAAUCGAAACAGUUGAGAACGAUCAUGAUGCUUCAACUGCGGCUGCUCUGGAAGCAGUGGAAAGACACGGAGAGAUGGUGGUACGAACUAUUGAACCUCGACAAAUAGGAAGACAAGCUGCAGGAGCUAAGAAAUUCACUGCCUUUCAGGAUUCUAAACAUCUUGUGCACUUUGUAGAGAUAAUCAAAAGACCAGGUCAAACGUUGGGAUUGUAUAUACGCGAAGGUAACGGGAUUGAUCGCAAUGAUGGUGUUUUCAUAUCGAGAAUCGCAAUAGAGUCAGCGGUCUACAACAGUGGCUGUUUAAAGGUUGGCGAUGAGAUUUUAGCAGUAAAUCUCGUAGACGUGACGCAUAUGAGUUUAGACGAUGUAGUAAUUUUAAUGUCCAUACCAAGAAGAUUAGUUUUGGCAACACGACAUGGACCUCACCAAACAAUCGCUCAAAGCCGUCAAAAUGAGCACAAAACCCCGCCGGUAGUAGUUAUUAAACGGGAACUCAAUGAAGAUGAAAAUGAUCACGUAACUAACAACCACAUUAGUAGAGACAGUAACAGACGGAGAGGUGAUGGAAGAGAAAUGCUUCCGUCUCGAUCGAGGCUUGGUCUUAAUGGUUUGGAGUCUAAUCAAGAUGCUAAUGCUAGUAAUGGUGAUCUUUACUACAAUUCUAGACCUGAAGGGCAUUGGUCCUACCAACCUCCACCACCUCCAAUUAUUACACAUCAGCCAAAACCUUCGACAACUCAACAUUUUCAACCAUAUGAGCGAGGAUAUCCAAAAACCUUGGAAAGCCUGGCUGAAAAAGUACAUUCGUUUUACACAAGCCCUAUGAUGCCUAAUGGCAAUCGUCGAAUGUCAGCUGGUGGUAUUCAAUCAGCAGGAAACAGACUUUCAGGGCAAACGCAAGGAUAUGGAUAUUCUCAACAUACACCAAGUGGAAGAAUAAUGCCACGAAGUGGUUCAGAUCAGCAUUUACCACGAGUAGAUUAUACAAAUAUUUCGACUCCAGCACGCCAUACUCUCCUAAGAUCAAAUUUAAAAUCAGGUUCUUCUACUUUGCGAUAUAACACGAGAUAUGGUACUCAGACUGAUGUUCCCUCUUCGUCACAACGAAAUCAAAAUCAAUUUGGAAUAUUGACAAGAAGACAUCGACCUUCUAUUGAUUAUGCUUCGGAUACUGAGGCUACUUGUUCUAAUUCUCCACGAUCAACAUAUUAUUACUAUAGACACAAUAUGAAAGAUCAAUCUCAAAGUAAUGCAGUAUCUCAUUUGGCAACAAUGUCAAGAACUCAAAUAGGCCAAAGUUCAGGUGGUUUAAGGUCAAAUUCACUGCCUCGUAGUGGAAGAGCAUUACCACAACAGCCAAAUCUUCGAGCAGGACUUACUACUGUUGCUUCAGGUCUUAUCGAUCAGGAAGAUAGUGAUGGUGCACUUUCAGCACCUGAAUUACCUUCAUUUAGACGUGAUAGAGGAAGGAUACCUUCAUCCCCUAGUGUAUUUACAUCUGAUGAAUAUCGAGCAUGGUUAAGUCGGACACCAAGUACGAGUGCAUUGUAUGAGCAAAUAAGAGCGACAACCAACAGACCACCGCGGUACACUUAUAGUGCUGAGAAUAUUCAUGCUGCAGUCAAUCAGAAAACAGAGUAUGGGAACUAUGGUUCGUAUAGGCCUCUACCAAGUACGCUAGAUCGACUUUCCACAAGAUCUGCGUCGGCUCAGCAAGUUAAUUUGGCUAAUUUAAGAGCUUCCACAGCAGUAAGUUCAACGUCUCAUCGGCCCGGACCAGGACAACGAUCUACUUCAGUAACUCCAAAUGCUAGGACUGUUUUAAAUGGACAGAAACCUUCCUUAAGUACAGUUGCUAAUCAACGAGCAAAUUCAGUAAGAAGAAUCAGAAAUUUAUUAGAAUUAGAACAAACUAGAAAUAUACCUACACCAACCCCGACAAGAACUCAAGAUCAAAGACUGCUAGAUAUUAAUCCUGCAGAAUUUCUUAAGUAUAAAAUAGAGAAGCCACCAAUAGUUGGCACGCCUAGCUCAACAAGCUCACUAUUAAGUUCCCUCGGUGAUACUUCUAGUAGUGAUUUCACCAGCGGUAUCAGUGGAUUACUCUGGGUCCAUCUUCUGGCUGGCCGUGGUCUUCGAUCAACGACAUCUUCAUCAGCUGCUACAACACCUUCUACACCAUCAGGUCAACCGAAUAUAGCUAAUUGUGGUUUAAGAGAUCUAUACUGCGUUCUAGAAUGUGAUCGAGUACAUAAAGCCCGUACUGUUGUACGUACGGGUGAUCUUAUGUUCGAUUGGGAUGAAACUUUUGAAUUAGAUUUAGUCGGAAAUCGUCAACUUGACUUACUUGUUUAUUCGUGGGAUCCCCAACAUAGGCAUAAAUUAUGUUACAAAGGAUCAGUUCAUCUUGCGACACUACUUAAAGAGUCUCCAAUCCAUCAAUUAGCUCUUAAAGUGGAGCCUCGAGGAACUAUUUACUUAAGAUUACGUUAUACAGAUGCUCAUCAAACAUUCAAAAGACGAGGACUUCCAGUCAUAUCUUUGACCACUAGAAUCGCGCCUCUUUUCGGCGUUGAUCUAGAUACAGUGGUCAGUAGAGAGAGUAAAACUGGUGGAGUGCCUGGUGGGGUUUCCACAGCAUUGGCGAUGAACAAUGCAAUGAAUAUUCCAAUAAUCGUCUGGCGCUGUGUUGAAGAAGUUGAAAGACGAGGACUUGAUAUAAUUGGUUUAUAUAGGCUUUGUGGAUCAGCUACUAAGAAAAGAAUACUUAGAGAGGCCUUUGAGCGCAAUGCUAGAUCAGUAGAUCUUUCUCCUGAUAAUGUGCCUGACAUUAAUGUCAUUACGGGAGUACUUAAAGAUUAUUUAAGAGAACUACCAGAACCACUGUUCACUAAGUGCCUCUAUCAAAUGAUGGUCGAUGCAUUAGCUGUAUGUCUCCCAGAUGAUCCACAAGGUAAUGCUAAACUUAUGUUUAGCAUUCUUGACUGUUUACCAAAAGUGAAUAAGUGUACCUUGAUAUAUUUAUUGGAUCAUUUAGCAUUGGUGUUGUCACAAUGUAACAAAAUGUCACCAGCCAGUUUGGCGGUUUGUUUCGGACCAGUAUUAAUGUUACAUUCAGAUGACUCAUCGCUUUUAGAUUUUCAACAACCCAUUGCAGUUCUGAAAUACCUUCUUGAGAUAUGGCCAGUUAAGUCAGUUCGGAAGAUUUCUUCAGUCGGUUCAACACUUCCUCGAGUUACGCCAGCAAUCGGGCUUACCAGCAGUACCAGCAGCAGCAAUAUUAUCAGCAAUCACCAUCCAUCACUGCCACAACUUCAUCAGUUAUCCCAGCAACAACAAAAUCCUGUAUAUCAGGGCACAUUAACUCGAACCGCGCAGCCUUGGCAGCCGCCACUCUCACUUCAUCAUCCAUCUCUCAAUUUAGCUCCUAUGGGAUACGCCCCAUCAACUCGUCCACCCCUACAGGGCAAAUCAAAUCAGGUGAUAAUAUCAUCUCCCGGUUCACCUAGCAGUGAGGAAUCAGCUUCACCUGAGCCAAAUAACAAAAGCAUACAAAAUAAAUCUAAUUCGACGACUGAAACAACGUCUUCAACAAUAAUGAAUUCAACUAGAAUCGAACAAAGUACUCCAACAAGUAAUGCAGACACUGAAGAAGGAAAUCAACCACAAUCAAAUGAUCGUGAACAAGGAGUUGAAACUGAUGGUGAAGUUAGUGAUGAUGAUCAAAUUUUAAAACGUAACGAACUUUAAAUAUUUAAUGAAAUUUGUCAAACUAUUGGUAAGAUAUCAACCAUAACAAAUAAGUCGGCACAAAUUAAAUAAAAUUUACAAGAUAACGCCAAAAGUCUUUUCAUAUCUGUUCGAUUAAUACACA